AUGCUACCACGUCGUUGCACGACGACGGCAUCGUCACCACCACCGUGCGCUCGCUGGCAUGAAGGCAAAGGCAUUAGUCGUCGUCGUCCUCGUCGUUGGCAACAACUCGAUGACGAAGACGAUCAGGCGGAAACUGCGGCAGGCGGCCGGGUGAUGCUCAGUGUUCAGCGUUCAGACGAACUGACGUCAGCUGCAACCUCAAUUUUCCAUUCGACUCCGGCUAACAGUUCAGACGUUUGGAGUCCUGAACAGAUCCUCGGUGAACUGUCUUUAUACCGAGGAAGCUCGGCGCCGGCGCGCACCAUUGUCAACAGCCUUAGUGCCGAGCCCAUUCACUCCAUGCAAGCGGGCGUGGUGCACUUUAUGACCGCCUUGAAAAUGGAGUAUCCACAUCAUUCAGAUGCUGAAAACGGUCCUACAGUCGUUUUAGGUCCCGCUAACGGCGGACAUGACUCGGUCGGCAUGCACCCUCAGCACGUGGAGGUGAUAAAAACGGCCGGUCACGUCGCGUCGCUGCAGAACUCAAACCAACACCACCACCUUAGUCCCAAAGAAGACAUCCAAGGUGCCAACGUGCUUCAGGUCAGUCACAACAACAGUCACCUGCUUGUCUGCGUUUGCUGCUUCGUCAGUCACGGCUAG